ACUAUUUUAUAGAUUUAAAUUGGCACAUUUUUUAGCAAUGUAUCAGAAAUUGUAUCUGCCUGGGAGCCUGCCUGGCAGUUGCAAUAGGAAGGAGAGACAAAAUUAUCUGCUUUGGACUACUAAAAUGGACCAUUUACUUGCCACAACUCUUGUCGAGCAAGAAAAAGAAGGAAGUAAGGUUGAUGGCGCAUGGAAGCCUGUUGAAUGCGCAGCUCUUCAAGUCUUGAAUGAAAACCUUGGUGAUGGUUUAACUAAAGAACAUGUCAGAAGUCGAUUAAAAACUUGGAAAAAACGGUUCCAUAUUUUAAAGGAGCUUCUUGCACAUAAAGGGUUUGAAUGGGAUGAGGCAAAAAAGAUGGUGGCAGCUGAAAACUCAGUGUGGAACAAUUACAUAAAGGCACAUCCUAAUGCCAGACAGUAUCGUGGAAAAUUUAUUGAACUUUAUGAUGAAUGGUGUAUUAUCAUGGGUGAGCGAGCAAUAUCAAUCUUUUCAGACGAUGAUGCAGAAGUGAAAGAAAUACGGACAAAAGGCAAGGAUAGUUCAGGCUCUUUGAUUGCGUUAGACGCUCGGACUAAUGAUAAGAUGGCAAAGAAAUUAAGAUGGACUAGUGAUAUGGAUCAUUACCUUGGGAGGACUCUCGUGGAGUAUGUGACGAAGGGGUGCAAACUUGAUAAAUCUUUACAACGUGGGGUACUAAAUUUAGCUGUUUCAGCUUUAAAUGAGAAAUACGGGCCGAACUUGACAAAAGAACACAUUAAAAACAGGCUAAAAACUUGAAGGAAGCAAUAUCGUAAUCUGAAAGAUCUUCUUUCUCAUGAUGGGUUCAGGUGGGACAAAACAAGAAAGGUCAUCAUUGCUAAGGACUCAGUAUGGGAUGAUUAUAUCAAGGUAAGUAGAAAAUCUGCAGAAUUCCAUGCAUUUGAUCAUGUUCUUUAUUUUUGUUGUUGUUACUGUUUAUUUUGUGAAAUGAAUCAUUUAGAAUCAUGAAAAGAAAUACACGGGCACACGAAAAAUAGGCCCAUAAGAGGGGCUG